CAUCGUGUGGUUUCCCAGGGUGCCGUGCUGUCCGGACCUCCUGGGACGGGGAAGACUCUGCUGGCUAAAGCGACGGCCGGAGAGGCCAACGUCCCCUUCAUCACCGUCAACGGCUCCGAGUUCCUGGAGAUGUUUGUGGGCGUCGGUCCUGCCAGGGUGAGGGACAUGUUCGCCAUGGCGAGGAAGAACGCCCCCUGCAUCCUCUUCAUCGACGAGAUCGACGCUGUGGGGAGGAAGAGGGGAGGAGGGAACUUCGGAGGUCAGAGUGAGCAGGAGAACACGCUGAACCAGCUGCUGGUGGAGAUGGACGGUUUCAACACGGCGACUAACGUGGUCGUCCUGGCUGGAACCAACAGACCCGACAUCCUGGAUCCUGCACUGAUGAGACCGGGACGCUUCGACAGACAGAUCUACAUCG